AUGAGUAGACCUAUUAAGGAACACUGGUUAGGUGUGAAAUGGGUCUUACGGUACUUGAAGGGGGCUGCUUCAACCAAGCUGAGUUACACCAACGAAGGAGAGUUCACACUCAGAGGAUACUGCGACGCAUACUAUGCAGCUGACUUGGACAAGAGGAGGUCAAUCUCAGGCAUAGUGUUUACCCUGGGAGGUAACACAAUCAGCUGGAAAUCCAAUCUACAGAAGAUUGUAGCUUUGUCUAUAACAGAAGCUGAGUACGUUGCGUUGGCAGAAGCAACUAAGGAAGCGGUAUGGCUUAAGGGUUUGAUGAAUGAGUUAGGAUUCGAGCAGGAAGCAGUAGAGAUUCAUUGCGACUCUCAGAGUGCAAUAGCAUUGGCGAAAAAUGCAGUACACCACGAGAGAACAAAGCACAUCGAUGUCAAGUUCCAUUUCAUCCGUGAUUUGAUCUCAAAGGGCAAAAUUCGAGUAUUGAAGAUCGCUACUGAGUACAAUCUUGCAGACAUCUUCACCAAAGUUCUUCCAGUGGGCAAGUUUCAAGAAGCCUUGGAGCUGCUCAGGAUCAAGAGCACUGAGGAGAAGCCUGACUUAAGUUAUUAA